AUGCGAUGCGCGAGCAAGGCCGCCGAGAGCGCGUCUGCACGUCUCUGUGCGGACGCCGAAGCAGAAACUACAGCAACUGAUAUCCCAUCGGUUGCUGAAUCGACUCAGCCUGUAUCACCUGGUGAUGCAGGCGCUGGUCAUGAAGACACUCGUGUCUUCACAGAGUACGAGCUCGGUGUCUCGUACUCUCCUGAUACGGAUGACGGAUCCGUAUCGACGGCAAUUGAAUCCAAGCCGCCUGCCAAGCGUGGCAUGGACGAUGCUUUGCGUCGCAGCAUCUUUGGUUCAUCUGAUGAGUCAGAUGAACCAUCGCCGAAGCGAAGGCGCUCGAGGUCGCGAGACUCGGGCGCUAAUAGUGGUGUCGUUUCUCCAAUGGACACCACUUCACAGCGAGGUGCCAGUACUUCUGUCGGCACGUCGCAGGAAGAGCGGGACCGCAAUGUGUUGCGUCUCGCUCCAGAAAAGAAGGCAUGGAUGCCUCCUAAAUCUGUCAUGGAUCACUUGUCGGCGACGACGAGUGAUCGUUAUCGAACACGAUUGUUCGAUUCGUCGAGGAUUCAUCACCUUGACCCCAGCGCGAAAGACUAUCGCGCUGAACAUGAGUUCUUCAUCGAUGCUUUCUUCAGACAUCGAUGGUACAGUGGGAAUCACAAACGUGAUGGUCCCUCACUACUUCAGGCGUGGAACGCCUACAUCCAUAAUCUCGAGGAUGUAGGUCGUGACGCUUGGAACGACAAACUUAUCAAAGCUCGUGAUAAGUUUGAAAAGCGAACCCCGACAGGUGCACGCUAUAAGCUGCAUCGUCUGUCAAGGGAGAAAGGAUUACCCUGCCUCUCUUGGGGAGACUCGUGCCCAUGUUGUGUGAACAACUCUGCACGAGCACCUAAGGAGGCUUACCUCCUUACCAGCCCGUGGUGGCGCGUACGUGUCUCUACUGAGAUGUACGAAGGGAUUGACAACCUGAAAUCCCUUUACGACCGUGCCGGGAAGACUUUCUCCGGCGGUCCUUCUGCGGCACAGGAUGUGUCGCGUCGUACUGCCUCGACCAGACCCACCGCGCCACCGGACGAGGUAACUCGUCCGACGUCCAGUUCACGUCGCGGUGGUUCAACAGCUGCUCUACUAGAUAGCGCUGGCCACCGCGAGAGUCCUCUAAUGGAGGUGGAGGAGGAGGAAAGACGCUCUCCACACGAUCAUGUGGAUCGGUGUGUUCCCGAGAGCUUCUUUGAUCGCGUAACGCAAGGGUUACGCGACGAUCUCGAGCAUGAGCGGAAUAGGCGUCUCCAGAUGGUGGACACUGCCUCGAAGCAUCGAGCUGAGUUUGCCUUUGCUCAUCUUGAGAACGAGAGAUCGCUGACAUCUCUUCGUGACGAGCUAAGGGUAGCUCGUGGGAUUGUUGAUCGGUCUCGGGAUGAGAUAGUUGCUCUUCAGACCCUUGUUGAUGCCCACCAUCGGGAGCACAAGGCUCUCUGCGAGAUGCUUGAGCGCAAGGGCGUUCUUCAUCGGAAGAAGCAGCGUACUGAUGGUACGGCUUAA